UGUCCACUCAAAAUCUAAUUAAAUUUAGAAUAAAUCAUUCCAUGUAAUUAUUGAAUGUUUAAGGGUUAUAUGUCAACUAUUAUAGUGGAUGAUUAUAAUAUAUUCGUUGUAUAUUACAAGUGAUUGUCGUAUUAUAAAAUUUUUACAAAUGGCAGAAGGAACAGACGCCUUGAAGACGAAGGAACUAAAAGAUCUCUUGAUACCCUUUUUUGUAAAAUUGCAAUAACAAAAUUUAAAGAUUAAAUAAUAAAUUGUUUAAUCUCAGAAUUUUUUUCCCCACUUGAAAAUAGACCAAACCAUAAAAGUACUUUAAAAAAAAAAAAACUAUGAUAAAUUUUCAUGGACUGCUAUCCUCGGGUCGGGGAGUUAAAUGAUUCAAUCUCUUGAGAAAUUUCGUAUGCCCGUGGACAAUAAUGAAUGAAAGGGCAAGCAUGAAAUUCCAGCGUUCGUCGUGGAUGAUAGAAAAAGACAAACUACAUUUUGGAAAUCGGAACUUCAAAAUAUCUAUCAAUUCCGCACUGCAAGGAAGUAGUAGUAAUAUCAUCCGAUUCCCUGUACAAAAGAAUGAGUCUGUCCUGCUGUAUAUAACCGUUAACAUCGUUAAAACUCGUCCCUUUGUUGAAAACCAAGACAAACAGAAAGUCGCAGUACUACAACUUGGUAUUUGUAUCCUAAUCCCAUCCCAUGGCCAUAACACGAUCAUGAAUACCCUUUUGCAGAUGCAGAAAUACAGGCUGUAGCUGGGGAAAUAACGCGGUGGCUUCGUUUACGGAUGAACCCUCCAAAGGGUGAGACACCCAUGGUAGUACGGCCGUCCCGAGAGUUGUGGACAAAGUCUUGUGUUCUAUACCAGCAAUAACUUCAUUCUCCCAACCUAUUCUUUCUUCCUGAAGUCUGAAACUUCUUAUGCAGGUUUGCUUUUCCACUAUUUUCCGUGGAAUCGUAACCGCCUUUUCUCUAAGAUCUUCAAUUAACCAUAUACUAAUGCAAUCGAAAGUUUUAGUAAGAGAGUGGUGGUAUCUGUGAAAUUGUCCCCUAAUAUUUCUUUUCACUUGUACGCCCUCGUUGUUCUCCUGCCAUUUGCAUAUUAGCGCCAUAUUUUAUAUAAUUGCCAUAAACUUUCAGCAGAAAGUUCCUUCAUCAUGUCAAACCAACUUACUAUUACCGUUCUGAGAAUUUGGUUCAGAUUUCUUUUACUUACGAUCUGUUUAGGGGCAUGGUUGGGUUGUUCCUCGGCUUUUACAGCUUCUUCUAAUGGAUUAGUGAAAAUUGGUCUAAAGAAGCGGCGUUUAGACCUUUACAGCAUUAAUGCUGCAAAGAUCACUAGAGCUGAUACUUCCUAUGAUACGGGUAUCGGAUAUACGGCCAGCUUCGAAAAGCCAAAAGCUGAUCUAGUAUACCUAAAGAAUUAUCUUGAUACCCAAUAUUAUGGAGAGGUUGGCAUUGGAUCACCACCACAGAGUUUCACUGUCGUCUUUGAUACUGGCAGCUCCAAUCUCUGGGUUCCAUCUUCAAAAUGCGUUUUGUCUAUUACUUGCUAUUUCCAUUCCAAGUUCAGAGCAAGGAUGUCCCGAACUUAUACCAAGAUUGGAAUACCUUGCAAAAUUCACUAUGGUUCUGGAUCCAUAUCUGGUUUCUUCGGCCAAGAUCAUGUCAAACUUGGGGAUGGUACCAUUAUAGAUCAGGAGUUUGUCGAGGUUACAAGAGAAGGAUUUUUAGCGUUCUUAGGUACACAGUUUGAUGGGAUACUUGGACUUGGGUUUCAGGAUAUUGCGGUUGGGCAAGCCACACCAGUGUGGUUUAAUAUGGUACAACAGGGUCAUGUGAGCCAGAAAAUUUUCUCUCUUUGGCUAAAUCGUGAUCCAAUAUCUGAAUUAGGCGGUGAGAUCGUAUUUGGAGGUCUUGACUGGAGGCAUUUCAGGGGAGACCAUACAUAUGUCCCAGUGACUGAAAGGGGUUACUGGCAGAUUGACGUGGGCGACAUAUUCAUUGAUAAUAAGUCAACAGGAAUGUGCGAAUACGGAUGUGCUGCCAUCGUGGACUCAGGAACCUCCUUUCUUGCCGGUCCAACAACUGUUGUGACUCAAAUUAACCAUGCCAUUGGGGCACAAGGAAUUGUGAGCUUAGAAUGUAAAAGUGUCGUCUCCAACUAUGGCAAUUUGAUAUGGGAAACAUUAAUUUCGGGGUUACGACCUGAAAUCAUAUGCAUAGAUUUUGGACUUUGUGUAUAUAAUAAUGGUUCUAGGACCAUUCUUGAGACUUUGGUAGACGAUAAAGUUGGGAAUGAAUCAACUGUUGAUGAGAGUGCCCUGUGUACUUUCUGUGAGAUGAUUGUUUUCUGGAUUCAAGUACAGCUUAAACAACAGAAAGCAAAAGAAAAAAUAUUCAAAUAUGUAGAUGAGCUGUGCGAGAGGCUUCCAGAUCCAACGGGAAAAUCAUUCCUUGACUGCAAUGCCGUCACAAGCAUGCCACAUGUUUCAUUCACCAUUGCAAAUAAAUCCUUCCCACUUUCUCCAGAACAGUAUGUUGUUAGAGUGGAGCAGAAGUAUGCUACAAUCUGCCUGAGUGGAUUUACUGCAUUGGAUGUGCCUCCCCCACAAGGUCCCCUUUGGAUCCUUGGAGAUGUCUUCUUGGGAGCAUAUCACACUGUGUUCGACUUUGGUAAUCUUCGGGUAGGCUUUGCAAAAGCUGCCUAGUUGACUACUUGAUUUUUUUCCUUGGCUCCUAUUCUCUAUGUUUCUAAAGAUUAUGAUGCAUAUAUGGAUUUAUGGAUGCGUUUUGCCUUUUUCUAAGGCAAAAGGUUGUAGAUGUUUGAACCAGAAAAUAAGUUGCUUCCGGUUUUGAUUCGUCUCUUUAUCCAGAAGGAAAAAGAGAAGGGGUCGUGGUGGGACGGGGUUUAAGGGCUUAUGUCUCUCCUUCUUCUUCAUCGACCAUUCCCGUAGAGAUGCAAUAUCGAUAAUAUAAAUCAAAGAGAUAUAGAAGGAUCAUCGUUUUUAGUUUAUCAACC